GGAGUCAAUUUCGGGAGACGAGUUUGAAAUAAGUGAUGAACAAGAUUCAACUGCACAAGAGAAGAUUUUUGUUACAGUGAGGGUUAGGCCUUUGAACGGAAAAGAAAUCGCAAAGGGCGAUGCAUCCGAUUGGGAAUGUAUAAACAACACCACCAUCAUAUUCAAAAACAACCCAUCAGAACGAUCAACAUACCCAAACGCCUAUACGUUUGACCGAGUAUACGGGUGUGACAGUUCAACAAAAGAAGUGUAUGAGGAGGGAGUAAAAGGAAUUGCUCUUUCUGUUCUUAAUGGCAUUAACUCAAGUAUAUUUGCCUAUGGGCAGACGAGCAGUGGGAAAACAUACACCAUGUCUGGAAUUACCGAAUACGCGAUAGCAGAUAUAUAUGACUACAUAAGCAGGCAAAAUGAUCGAGAAUUUGCGUUGAAAUUUUCCGCUAUAGAAAUCUACAACGAAUGCGUUAGAGAUCUUUUAAGCCACGAUGGUGCUCAACUUAGACUCCUCGAUGACCCGGAGAAAGGGGUAGUUGUAGAAAAACUAACUGAAGCUAAUCUGAGGGACUGCAACCAUUUAAAAGAACUUAUCUCUGCAUGUGAAGCUGAGAGGCAAACCGGGGAGACGACAUUGAAUGAAAUGAGUUCCAGAUCUCAUCAGAUUCUUCGUCUGACAGUUGAAAGUUCUGCAUGUGCAUAUGAAGGAUCUGACAGUGGAAGAACACUUGCAGCUUCUGUGAACUUUGUUGAUUUAGCAGGAAGUGAGCGUGCUUCUCAAACGUUAGCAGCUGGUACACGUUUAAAAGAAGGCAGUCACAUAAAUCGCAGUCUUCUAACGCUAGGAACUGUUAUUCGCAAGUUAAGCGAAGGAGGGAAAAGUCAUAUUCCUUACAGAAACUCAAAGCUAACACGCAUACUACAAAACUCACUUGGAGGUAAUGCAAGAACUGCGAUAGUAUGCACUAUGUCUCCCGCGCAUAGUCAUGUUGACCAGUCAAGAAACACGCUUUUAUUCGCUUCUUGUGCGAAAGAUGUCAGUACAAAUGCACAAGUUAAUGUCGUAAUAUCAGAUAAAGCGUUGGUGAAACAGUUGCAACAAGAAUUGGCUAGAUUGGCAAACGAGCUCAAAUUACCUCCCGGUUCAAAUGAUUCUGCAGCACUUAUAAAAGAGAUGGAGCUUCAAAUAGAAAAGAUGGGGAAAGAGAUAGAGGAGCUGACUCAGCAACGUGAUCGUGCUGAAUCUCGACUUGAUUAUUUAAUUCGAGUAACCGGAACUGAUCCAAAUUCUUUACCUUGGGGCGAGACCGAGACUAGUGACAUUUACGAAAAGAGCUUAAUCAAUGAAUAUCCUGCAUUGGAAACAUAUGAGGGUGAUUCAAUGAACAAAUAUGGUCAUGCUGACAUGGAAGGUUCAAAAGUUGACUUUCUUGAUGAGAACUCACCUAGGCACUUUUCGGGUCAACAUUAUGUGCCCGACCCAUCUAAAGAAAUCACAAUUAAUCCAGAAGACAGCUAUAAAGAUCAAAGUAUUGAGAAAACAUUAAGCAUAGACAAUAAUAAUAAUAUCGCAAAAGUUUUAGAAGACAGUAGCAAGGAAGAAGAUCAAAAUAUCGAGGAAAUAUCGAGCAUAAACAAUAUUAUUACUGCUGACGAGACCGGAAUGGAUGAUAGUUAUGAAAGUCCGAAGGAAAUCACUCAGGACGUUCAGACAAAAGUAGAACGAUCUCCAUGUUCAUCCGACUCAGAAAUAUCUGAUUCAGAAGGCAUCUGUUUAACGAGAAGCAAAAGUUGUUACGCGUUGACUACGAAUGCAUCAUCUGAAAAAGAAGUUAUAGCAGAGAACACUGACGAUAACGGAUCUGAAACUGGAAAACAAGACGAACAUAUACAAAUCAUACCAAGAUCAAAAUCAGAGGCAGAUGUUAAAACAAUAGAUCAACAAGACUCUAGUACUCCUGUCACGAGUCUCGAUGAGAAAGAAAUAGAGCAGAAGAUAAGAUCAUCAGAUGUUUCUAAUGAACCGGAUAAGAAGACCGAACCAGAAGCCAAUGAGCCGAUAGAUCCUGAAAAAGACUGGUCUAUGGUUUUUGAGAAACAAAGAAGAGAAAUAAUUAAACUGUGGAAUGAAUGCAACACGCCUUUGAUUCACCGGACCUACUUUUUCUUGCUAUUUAAAGGCGAUCGAUCUGAUUCCGUGUACAUGGAGGUUGAGCUUCGAAGACUCUCUUUUCUAAAGAACACGCCAUCUCGUGCCACAAGUGCGCGCGCUCUUAGUCGCGAAAGAGUAAUGCUGAGCAAGAAAAUGUUAAAGAAGUUUUCAUCGACGCAAAGAGAUGUACUUUUUCAAAAGUGGGGAAUUUCAUUGGACUCGAAAUAUAGAAGGUUCCAGUUGUCUCAAUUAGUAUGGACCAAAACAAACGACAUUGAUCACAUUAAGGAGAGUGCGGAGAUUGUUGCUAAGUUGGUCGGGAUAGUAGAGCUUAACCAAACGCCGAAGGAACUGUUUGGGUUGAGCUUUCUUCCUAAGCAAGAUCACUCUAAGAGUUCUUUUUAUAAAAGUACCAUCUCCUUUACAUAGGAACACUUGCCGGUGAUGACCUACCGUCGCGAUACCACCAAUGGCUAAACAUGUAAAACAAUCUUCAACCACAAAAUACAACCAUGGCAUAGACAUAUACAGGAUUCAAACCAUUGUAAAUUCUUGAAAAUUUUCCAAAAGACAGUGGGGGAAAUAGGUAUAAUGAUUAUAUCAUUAUAUCUACUUCAGCAGUAUCCUCAUGAUCAUUACCAAGUAUCAUGGGUUAAGUCAAACUAAUAACUUUGUCAACCAAAAUAAUAACAUGUUUUGUCUAUUCCAAACA